GCUUCUUUAUGUCCACGGUGAAGGGACGGCUACGAGGGGGGGGACAACAGAGGCUACGAUUGAGGGACUUUUAACGUCACUGGCAUUAAGAGCCCUUCCGCUGGCUGCGGUGGUAAAAGAGAGUUUUCAAAACUCCUGUUUUCUCUCCGGCAAGUUUUCUUCGGUGGGGAGAGGAAAAAAAGACUUAAGAAAACUCAGAAAGGCGACAAUCUGUGUGGUUUCCUCUCCACUACCUCCAGGACAGGAUGCUGUGUGGCAACAAUCCAGGCUCGGGACACAAGAUGUGAGACUCCCACUGUGGCCCUUGCUACUUGAGGCCCCCAUGGUUUUGCUGAUUCUUACAAAAGAAAUUGAGAAAGAGAGAAAAAGAGAUGGUGGAAGACGAAUCAACUCAAUAAUAUUGAUUUUCCAGUUUUGCACACGUUGAGUCAGGCAAGUGCAAACACUGUUUUAAUGACCAUUGCUGUUCAAAAAGAGAAACUAGGUUGCUCCUCCAAACCUGCAAGAAACAAAUCAGAUAAGUAGCUACAUGAAAACUGUGAAGGGUCACUAUCCAAUUGGACUGGAGGGAACAGUGCAAAUUAGACAACAUUGUCCUGGAAGAAACCCAGAAGUUCCAUGACAGACCUAUUUUUUAUUCUUUGUUAAAUAGUCUAGCAGAAAGAAGAAGAGUGAAAGAAAACAUAAACAAUGGGGGGGCCAGGUAUGUGACCAUCCUUAAGUUAUACCCGUGUACUUCCAGAUUAACAUAAACCUUUUCUGAAGGACACAUUGAAUUUCUGGGUCGGGUUUUUGUCAACUGGCUAGGAAAUGAGUCUUGGAAAGCUACCCGUGAUUGGCUGGGUGUCUGGCUCACACAGCAAACGCCGAUUCAAAACAGAAUUGACUCCGGACAUGAUCAGCCCACCACUGGGGGACUUUCGUCACACCAUGCAUGUGGGACGAGGUGGUGAUGCCUUUGGAGACACUUCUUUCCUUAGGAACCAUGGUGGAGAGGAAGUCAAACCCCACAAUUUCUUUGCUCGGACACUGUGGCAUGUGAGGAGGAGCCCGCUAAGGAACCGGGGAAGCCGAAACAAGGAUCAGGGCUCAUCUGCACCUCCCGCCAUCUCACCCAUCAUCAAGAAUGCUGUGUCACUGCCUCAGCUCAAUCAGAGUCACUAUGACAGCGAUGAUCUUGGUAUAGCAUUUGCCUUCAAGAAACCUCCAACAAGCUUCUCUGAAUAUGGAUUGGAAUCUGGAUUCUGUACCAUUCCACGUGUUCCCCGGUCUGAGAAGCCUCCCGAGAGCUCCCAUCCUGCUGAGUCGGCAUUGCAGCGUUCAGAUUCCUUACUGUCUUUCCGCCUGGACCUUGGCCCCUCUCUCAUGAGCGAACUUCUUCAUGUCAUGAGCUUCUCAGGAGGCGACAGCUCUGAUUCCAGGGAAAAGAAAGAAUGCGAAGAGAGCAAACCGCCAAGCAGCAGUGAGUCUCACUCUUCCCUUCAUAUCAAGAGCAACUGGUCAGACGACUCGCUACCUGUGGAGUCAGAAUCUCGUCAUGGUAAUGGUGAAGAAAGCCAAAACGUAUCAAGCCUUUUGGAUUACUCCGAGCUUAGAUCACCCUUGGGACAUUUGGCCUAUGCUAAUGGAGACUCUCAUUCUAUAGAGAUGUCUGAGGAAGGAUCUCCCUGUUUGAGAAGCAGGAGUUCUAGUUCUGAACUGGAGGCCGUGCCAAAGGAGACCUAUUGGCAAAAAGGGCACCACAAGGACUGUAACAUGGAAGCAAGAGAAUUCAACCAUGCUGCCCGUGUCUUAGCAUGCCAUUAUGGGGCAGGAAGUACCUACCGCAGUCCAUCUCCACAAGAAGAUCCAAGGGGACAAGCCUCAUGGGAAAGCCCGAUUGCCAACUCAUGGCCCUUGAAAGUAGGUGCACCUGAGCAACGGGAAUAUUCUACUGGGUGGCGACAAAGAGAAGAGGAGGAGGAAGAGGAGGAGGAGGACCACGACAAGUCUGACAGUGAUGAAGAAACCAUUGUUAGAGAAGGACACAGUGAUUCCUUUGAAUAUGUUGAUGAAGAGGAUGAAGAUGAAGUUAAGGUUUGAACGGACAAACAUGUUCUCUUGUGGUCUCCCAUCAGCCUCUUAGGAGAUAUCAGAGCAAAAUGAAACCAUGUAAAGCUAUCUGGCAUUCUGGAUAUGUGCAGAUUCACAAGGUUAGCCUUCUUUCCAGAUGAUCUUCUGUAUAUCAGUGCUUCCUAAACUGGUGUUUUCAGACACCAGUUUGAAUUCCCAUCGAGUGAUAAGUUCUACCACAUUUACAGAGUGCCAGGCUAGGAAAAGCAGAUGUAGGACGGAACUGAUUUCUCUACUUUGGUAUGUCUCCUCCUCCCUGCUUUGUGGGUUUAAAAAAAAUAAAUAGUAAAAAGGAACAAUUUAGAGCAAACCAAAAAGUAUUAGUUGCUCUUUUGUGGCAGCUGACAGUUAAGGAUGCUUAUGACUUCCCAUGCUCCUUCCUUCCCACUGGUUGAUUGAUUUCAUCAUGACAGAUAAUGCCAUUAUUUUUCCAUCCCCUAGAAAUAAAAACAUUUAUACUUAAGAAUAGAGACCACUGAGACCUUUCAUAUCUCUAUCAAAUAACUAUCAGGAAAAAUGUGAUUAAAAAAGAACAGUCUAGUAAAGGGAAGAGAAACCGUACCUCCAUUGGGACAAUAUUCUCCUAAUUGCCUUGUGAUGAAAAUAAAGAUCAACUCAACUGUUUUUCCCAUCCAAGAUACUGGGACACCAGCAAGGCAGGAUGGUUCCUCUCCUCUUUUUACAAGAAACACAAAAUUUGGAUUGUAUCUGAAACCAGUUCAUCAGCACACUGUCCAGUUCUCCUGCACCAGAACUCUGAUUGAGAUAGGAUUGUUGUUUAUUAUACACCCUCAGAAGGAAAUGUAAUCCUAGUCUUCCAAGUGAUACCAUUCCAAGGAAUCUGUAUGUUAACCUUGUUGUUUUAUAUACUUCCAGAGCACGCACAGAAUUCAAUUUAUGUUAAGGAUCUACUGACAUGGAGGGCUGAAAUAUAACUUUCCAUUCUGUAUCUCCUAAAUUCAGGCAUUGGCAAUGCAAAACCCUAACUAGCGAUUUGUUUCUAGCACUUACAGCUUUGCAUAGCUAUUGCAGCAGCUUAUCCACAGUGCUCGUUCAGGAAGAAAAGGAAAUUAUUUCUCAAGGUAAAAUCAGAUUCUGAAACAGGGCUGCUUUUCAUGCUUCCAUGUUCCAAAAAAAAAAAAAGAGAGAGAGAGGACAGUUUACACAUUGUCUUUGGAAAGCCUUCCAGGUAUUCCCUGGGUUUGCUGCUAGAGCCAUACACAAGGCUGUUGCUUAGCUGAGAAAGAGGCGGAGUAAAGUACAAUCCCUGCAAUGAUUCCACUUCAUAAUUAUGAUAUAUCGCAUGGUUUAAACAGGGAGGACCGCAUGCAUAAAGUCACCCUUGUGCAUUUUCCUUUUCAUUUAAACCUCAUGUGUCUGCCACCCUGCACAAACUGCAUAGUCUUGGAAGCAACUCCAUAUCAGGGAAAGAGGUUCAAUGAAAUCUGAAAAUGCAGCCUUGCGUGUCUUUGGCCACAUGCUCUGCGAACAUACUUCUGCACUUCUGCCCAUUGGUAGAAACAACUUUCAUUGGUCAGGCAAUCCUCCCCCUCCCCCGCUUUGCCUCAAAGUCCAUUCAGACAACCAUAAGUUAUACCCUCAUUAAGAAAAGCAGGAUCUUUGAAGUAUCUUUUGAAAGUAUCCUUGAGAGGAAGGUCAGACUGCUUAAUCCGAAAGUAUCUCGGUAUGUAAUUUAUUCUCACAGCAAUAGUUGACCAUCCCCCAAAAGAAAAAAAAAUGGGUAAUUUUUUUUUCUCUCUGGCUAAUUAUAGUGGUGACCAUUUUUUACACAGGGAUAUUUUGGAAGCAUCGCUUGUUGAGAUAAGUCAGUCUGAACAUGUCUUUGUGCUCAUUUUUGAAGGGGCUCUCAGACAGUUACGUUGGCUGAGAAAGAAGGGUUGUCUUGUCCUAGACAUGGAAGAACAUGAGAACUAGGCUCCUCGCUCCCCCUUCCCCUACAUAUUUUCAGAACAUACUCAUAGAUUGCCCUCUUCCAGCUCCCACCCAUCUGCCUGCAUUUUUCCCUGAUCAAAUCACUCUCUCAAGGAACUAUUCUGCUGAGAAACCAAAGGGAAGAAGUGGAUGUCAUAUAGCAAACACUUUAGGGGAUUAGCAGCUAUGAAAAAGAAAUGUUGCCAAAGGAUCUAACAUGCAUGGUAGUGAGAUUCCUCUAAUCAACUGAAAUCAAGUUUUAGAAGCAGGUAUAAGUAUGUUUUAACAUUCUUCCUUCCCUCAAAAGGGUUCCCUGAAAUUGUUCCUUUGGGUUGUUUUUAGCUACUAAGCAAACCAAAGCAAUCCUAAUACAUGGAGAUUCAAACCUCCAUGAUAAUUGAUAAUUAAGAUAAGGUGAUAAUUAAGAAUUUUUGUUCUUCUUUACCAAUGUCUGUAUUAUUGGUAGGGUAUCUUUUUGCAGCCAAA